AUGCUCCUUAUCAUGUUUCUCCUUCUGGAAAUUGCAUUUUCAGUUUGCUUUAUCAGCUGCGCCGUACGUUCCCAAUAUUCUUGUUAGAUCAGCAAUAACGAUUUCAUAGGUAUCUGCCGUUAGUAUAGGUCUGUCAAAUCAACCAAAAUGUACAUACUGCGGCUCGGUAUGGCUUCGUGUCGAAGGUUCCACCCAAACUCUUUUUGAAGGACAUGUUUCCACCAGUCCCAACAACAUCACUCUUCCCUCUUCAAAGGGCACACAUUGCGACGGUACAAACAACAAUGCAAACCCAUACCGAGGUGCCACUGCUACCAAUUACCUCCUCGAAGCAAGCUCGCAACCAUGGCCUUCAAAACUGCCAAAAUUUACAGUCGACGGCCUUUGGUACGAGCAAUUUGACGACUUCCUAAUCACACGAAUUGGAACAGACAUCCAAACACAAACAAUGUCGUGGGACCUGUUGGUAAACUGGAAGUUUGCUGAGGUUGGAGGAUGCCAGAUUCAACCCAACGGACAAUCGCAAGUUCUCUGGGCAUACGGAGCAUACACUGCAGGGAGGUUUCUAGAUAUAGCCAUGGAUGUGAAUUUCAACCACGAGAAACAUAAAAUCAAGGUAGCUGUUGGCGAGCCAAUCUUGCAUUUUGUCAGAGAUCUGAAAACGGAAACUCUUGUGGAAGGAGCGAGUUUAUUGGCGAGAGGAUUCUUGUCGAAUGCGGUAGAGGAAGUAAUAUAUCCAGUGGGAAGAACUACGAAUAUAAAUGGCACUAUCCAGGUACAUUUUCGUAGGCCUGGUUAUUUUUACGUAAAAGCAGAACGGGAGGGAGAUCUUAGAUCUAUUGGUCUUGCAGUUUUGGUUGUGCCGAUGUGA